CCCAUUUCAAACUGGUGUGACCGCCAGGCACUUGGUGUUUGCGAAGGUCCGAGCCAAUGGGCGAGGGCCCCGGCAAGCGCUGAGUGGUUGGCAACAAGUUCCUUGCUCCGGCUGCCGCCCUCCAACAGCGUGCCUCUGCUUCGCCUCCUCGCCGUUGUCCCCACGACACUGUCAGUGCUGGGCUUCCUCUAGGCGCGGCCCGGGAGGGCUCUCACCUCAGAUUACCCGCGCGAGCGUAGCGGGGUCUGAACAUGGCUGCGUCCAGUCUGGAUCAUCUCAAAAAUGGCUACAGAAGAAGAUUUUGCCAACCUCCUAGGGCACCUGACAUUAAUUUGAGGCAAGACCAGAACAUACUGGUAAUCUUACAAGACUGCUUUGAAGAAAAAAGUCUUGCCAAUGAUUUUAGCACAAAUUCUACAAAAUCAAUACUUUACUCAACACCCAAAGAAAAAGGUACUUGUCUUCAGUCGCCAAUUAGAGAGGCUCAGUCCCAGAUACCACAUUCAAAGUCUGUUUCAGUUUCUUUAAGAAAAAAAGGAGCCUCUCAGCAGUUUACUGUAGAACCAAGUACAGCUGAAAAAGAAUCAGUCCAGGCUCAUGAAGUUCAUCAGAAAGUUUUGGCAACUGAUGUUGGUUCUAAAAAUACCCCUGACUCAAGAAGAUUGUCAGGUAAAAAACUACAAGGUCAUCUCACUGAAGCCGAUGAAGAAUUUUACUUAUCUGUUGGUUCACCUUUUGUUCUUUUGGAUGCAAAUACAUCAGCACUGCAAAAUGCUAUUUCGCCUAUUGGGCAAAAGAGAGAGACCUACAUUUUUGAAGAUUCAAUAAAUAUGCUGUCUUCAAGUACAGAGAUUUCUCUUAAAACCAGAAAAAGGUUAGACUUUGAAGAUAAAGAUAUUUCAAAGAAAGCAGAAAUAGAGAACAAAGGUAUAGAGGAUGAAGUAUUAUCAGAAAGACCACAAGGGAGAAAACCAUCUGAAACAUCUCAGAAUAUAAUACAAGAUUCAGAAUAUGAAAUUCAACCACAAGCUAAAAAGAGUUUUUCAACAUUGUUUUUAGAAACUUUAAACAGAAAAAACGAAUCCAGUCCUGUUGUUAGGUAUAUAGCAGCUACUCCACCUCACUCAUCUCCUGCAAAUGAUAUGAAUGUAGAAGAUGAAUUUAUAAUUGAUGAAUCAGAUAAUUUCGCCAGUCGUUCUUGGAUUACUAUACCAAGAAAGGCUGUUCCUUCAAAACAAUGUACAGUAUCCCGUACUGAGAGCACUGCACUCUUUCAAAGUAAGAAGUCAAGAGAAAAACAUCACAGUGUAACACCUGUGACUUUGACAAAUGACAAACAUUCUGGUAAAGGUCACCCAGUAGAGAACUCUCAGCCCUCUGAACAAAGAAAACUGGGUAAGAAUUGUAUUUCGUCAGAUGAAAUGGAAAAUAAUUGUAGAUCUACAAAAAAUGGAAUGUAUUCUAAGAAUGCAAAAAAAUCAUCUGCAAACAAAAGGACUAUAAAACAAAAACAGAAAAGAAAAGUUAAGGCCACUGUAUUUGAAGAACAGGUUGAUAUGGAACAAGCUAAAGAUAAAAAUACAAAUAUGUCACACAUUGCUCGAGACAAGUCGCAAAGAAAUUCAGACAGAAAUAUGGAAGCAUGUGAAGAGAAGAGAAAUGUUCGUAUUUUUAAAAAACAGAUGCCACCUGUGGGAAGUAAGAAAAGUCACACAAAUGUUUCUCAUACAGCAAAUCGGGGAAAAAAUAGGGAAUGUGAAAAGAAGGAUUUUUCAAGUGGGUCAAAGAAGAACAGUCUUAUACCUGAAGAAGUGACUUUGACUGUCACAAGAAGUCAUAGAAUUUCCAGGCGUCCAUCUAGUUGGUGGAUGGUAAAAUCAGAGCAGAGCCUUGUUUAUAGCAAUUCUUCAGUAAGAAAUGAAUUGUCAGUACAUAACAACGGUGGGCAAAAACCUGCUGAAAAAUCAAAUCAAUCAUCUAAGAAUAUUGGGAAAAAACCUGUUCCAUUUAAAGGGAAGAAGAGAGCUAAUUCAGGCCACUCAAGAGCACAGAAGAUUUUAAAUGCAAAAGUUUCUAGAGGAAUUAUUGACCAUGAUGAAACUUCUGGUUCUUCCCAGAAUGAGUCUUUGGAAUGUGAUGAGGCAGACAUGGAUAAGAAGAAAUAUCUUGAUCAUCUUGGAGUUACAGGAAGCUCAAAAGAUGAGGAUGGUUUUAUGACUGCACAAAAUGUUCAUCUAAAGUCUCAGAGCAAUGGACAUCCUUGCAAGACACCAGUAGAGUCUGACUCUGAUUCUAGAGAGCCUAAGACUUUAGUUUUGGAAGGAAGUGGACCUUCUAGGCUCAAGAAUUACUUAAUGUCUGGAAAGAAUAGUUCAGCUAUAGGUGAUGAGGAAGUUCAGGAAAGUUCAGAUAACUCAAGAGUAAAAAGAUCUAAAGUAACACAAGAGAACAAAAUACAUCACAAAUUAGUAUUGCCCUCCAACACACCAAAUGUGCGCAGGACCAAGAGAACACGAUUGAAACCUUUGGAAUACUGGCGGGGGGAGCGAGUAGAUUACAAAGAAAGGGAAUCAGGAGGAUUUGUAAUUGGUGGAAUACUGUCCCCUGACACAGUAUCAUUUAAGAGGAAGGCAAAAGGAGAAACGAAAAAAAUGAACAAAAUAGUUAAUAGGAAAAGGAUCUGUCUUGAUGAUGAUGAAAGAAAGGAAAAAUUAGUACAAAAUCUGAAUAUAACUCUGGGAGAUCCUUUGCAGCCAACAAGGGUAAAGGACCCAGAAACAAGAAAGAUUAUUCUCAUGGAUAUUUUAAGGCCACGAGAUAUGUAUCAAUUUUCAGUUGAACAUGCUGACUUGAAAGUAUAUAAAACAUUGGAUACACCCAUUUUUUCUACUGGAAAAUUGAUAUUAGGACCACAUCAAGAAAAGGGAAAGCAGCAUGUUGGCCUGGAUACAUUGGUUUUUUAUGUUAACUUUGGUGACCUUUUAUGUACCUUACAUGAAACACCUUAUGUAAUAACAACUGGGGAUUCGUUUUAUGUUCCUUCAGGUAAUUAUUACAACAUCAAAAAUCUCCUGAAUGAGGAAAGUGUUCUUCUUUUUACUCAGAUAAAAAGAUGAAAGAUGAAGCAAAGUUUAAAUAUGUGCGUGCAUGUUAUGUGUAUAUGUAUAGACAUAUACACACAUGCCUAUAGAUAUAUAAUCGUUUGUGCAGUUGGGACAUUUAAUUUGUAAUUAUUAGUGAUAUUUUAAAAUAAAAAUUUUAUUUAGUUUUGUGUGUACUUGUAUCUGAUAAAUAU